AAGGACCCCCAGGGUUAACUUAACAGGACUCCGCAGACUGCACUCAAGGCUGGAGGAGAGAGAAGAAGGAGACCCUCUCUUUCCAAAUCAGUGCUCGGGUGUGUAAGCAACGUUGCUCCCUAGAGCAUGCAGCUGGGCUUGGAGACAGAGUGAGAGUUACUGCAGGACACUUGGGAAGACGUGCAGGAUGACUUCCACGCCAGACUCAGAUGAUGACAGAGCCUUCAAGGACUUGAAUGUUGUGGGAAUGCUUCAUCAGUUCUGGGAACAGAAGCAGGUGAAGGGAGCCAUGGUGGACAUGGACAACCUAAUUGUUUAUGAAUCUCUCCCCUCACCUGGAGCGCCUUUCAUCUGCUAUGUCACCUUACCAGGAGGGAGCUGCUUUGGGAACUUCAAGUGCUGCUACACAAAGGCCGAAGCCCGGCGUGAUGCCGCCCGUGUUGCUCUGAUGAACUCCACAUUCAACGAGUUGCCCUGUCGCCGUAUCACCCCUGAGUUCAUUGCCUGUAGCGUAGAGGAGGCCGUUUCCACCACCAGUGGCAACAUGCAGGACGCGUCCGACCCUGGCACCAGCGUAGGAGCCUACCACCUCAUGCUGCAGGCCAACAUUGGCAAAACCAUGCUGGAAUUUCAGGAAAUAAUGACAGUGUUUCAGCUGUUGCACUGGAAUGGGACGCUGAAGGCUUUUAGAGAGAGGAAAUGUAACAGACAGGACGUCAUCGGCUACUACUCACAGCAGCAGGUGGACAGCUGCAUGCGCAGUUACAUGGCUCUGGACUGGCUGCAGCGGGAGCAGCAGAGGCCAGGGCUCCUCUCCCACGAGCUCCAGCUAGCCCUGAGGGAGCUGGCCGAAGCCCGGCAGGCGGGCCGCGAGCUCCGCUUCUACAAGGAGAAGAAGGAGGUCCUGAGCCUGGCGCUCAGUCAGGCCGGAGAAGAACAGCUGGAGGGAUACUGCGAGGAGGAGGUACUCUGGAAGGGAGAAGAGGCCAGGCUGGAGUAUCCGAGGCACGAAGGCAGAUGCCUGGACAAGAGUGUGGUGGAUCUGUCGGAACACUGCCGAUUUUAUUACCAGGAGAGUGGGAGUGAUAGAGGGUCACUGGGAUGAGGCUUGUGUGUUGGAGUGAUGGGGCACACAGGACUUUAGACUCAACCUCAGAAUCACUAGCACACAUUUUGCAUAUUUUUUAUAUGUAGUAUACUCUUUUAUGUGCUUUCUAUGUGCACUGUGAAUUAAUUUGGCCCUUUAGAGGAAUAUGCAGCAAAAUUGAUUUAUCAGACUCACCUAUUUUAGACUGUAAACUGGUUUAGUUUACGACUGUAUACAUCAAAGAGCAGACUUGAGACUUAAUCGAGAAUUUCACUUUUGUCAAGCAAGGACAAUGUAAAUCCUUUUUUUAAACUAACCACAUGGUGGCGCCAUACCCUCUGUAUGAGGUUUACAAACGCAUUGUCUACUGUUUCACUCUUCAAUCUGUACAUGCUCUUUUAGCAGUAAACUGAAUGAAAAGACAUGCCACAAACAUUUUCUAAUAUUUAGGCCAAAUAUUUCAGUCAGUUGUUUUGCUUUAACUCUGUUUAAACAUGCUCCGAGGCCUUAAAACAUACACAGUCAUUCUACCUCCAAAAACCUUUAAAGAUUUGAAGAUCAUUUAAUUUAGCAGGUCUUUUUUCAGUAUUAUAUGCAGACAUUUAUGGGAAAUAAAACUGACUUAACAGAAUUAACACAUCUACUUAAUCAUUUUGAGUAGCCUGUACAAAUACUUAAUAAUUCAAUAUAAAACUUUUAAUACAUUUUAAUACAAUGACCUCUUAUUUUUUCAACAAGCAAGAGAAGUAUUGUAUGUCAGAGAUUAGUAGGCUGAUAUUGACAAAGUGCUGGGUAAAUUGUUUAUUCAUGCAAAUCUUUUAUGCUGUACAUACUGCUUAGAUUUCUUCACGAGUUAAGAAGUGGAAUCUUGUCACUGGAAA